CUCGGGGACCAGCUCGUGCAGCGAAGUCUCGAUCCCAGGCCAGUUAAGCCUAGCCGGCAGCAUGAGGAACGCGACGCCAAGCGAGGAGCCAGAGCCCAACGUCACCGAUCUGGACUGGGACGCUUUCCCCGGCAACGACUCGCUGGCGGGCGAGCUGCUGCCGCUCUUCCCCGCGCCGCUGCUGGCGGGCGUCACAGCUACCUGCGUGGCGCUCUUCGUGGUGGGCAUCGCCGGCAACCUGCUCACCAUGCUGGUGGUGUCGCGCUUUCGCGAGCUGCGCACUACCACCAACCUCUACCUGUCCAGCAUGGCCUUCUCCGACCUGCUCAUCUUCCUCUGCAUGCCCCUCGACCUCGUCCGCCUCUGGCAGUACCGGCCCUGGAACUUCGGCGACCUGCUGUGCAAACUCUUCCAGUUCGUCAGCGAGAGCUGCACCUACGCCACGGUGCUCACCAUCACCGCGCUGAGCGUCGAGCGCUACUUCGCCAUCUGCUUCCCGCUGCGAGCCAAGGUGGUGGUCACCAAGGGCCGGGUGAAGCUGGUCAUCCUGGUCAUUUGGGCCGUGGCCUUCUGCAGCGCCGGGCCCAUCUUUGUCCUAGUUGGGGUGGAGCACGAGAAUGGUACUGACCCUCGGGACACCAACGAGUGCCGUGCCACCGAGUUCGCGGUGCGCUCGGGACUGCUCACGGUCAUGGUGUGGGUGUCCAGCGUCUUUUUCUUCCUGCCUGUCUUCUGCCUCACUGUCCUCUACAGUCUCAUAGGCAGGAAGCUGUGGCGGAGGAGGCGCGGCGAUGCGGCCGUGGGCUCCUCGCUCAGGGACCAGAACCACAAGCAAACCGUGAAAAUGCUGGCUGUAGUGGUGUUUGCCUUCAUCCUCUGCUGGCUGCCCUUUCACGUAGGGAGGUAUUUGUUUUCUAAAUCCUUUGAGCCUGGCUCCCUCGAGAUUGCUCAAAUCAGCCAAUACUGCAACCUGGUGUCGUUCGUCCUCUUCUACCUCAGUGCUGCCAUCAACCCCAUUCUGUACAACAUCAUGUCCAAGAAGUACCGGGUGGCUGUGUUUAAACUUCUAGGUUUUGAAUCCUUCUCUCAGAGAAAGCUCUCCACGCUGAAGGAUGAAAGUUCCCGGGCCUGGACAAAGUCUAGUAUUAACACAUGAUGGGGCUCAUUGCGGAGCAGUCAUCACUUAUUGUUCCA